AUGGGUCUUACGUGGGAUCAAUCUCCUCCAUCGGAGACACAUGCGGAAGAAGCUCUCCACCCAAAGCCGCAGCUCGAGUAUUGGCCGUUGCCCAACGUCGAGCAUUAUCCAGGGGUAGCUCGAGUCAGCAUCGGUGUCCUACACCGAAACUUCAACAAAUCCAUCAAGUUUGAAGGUCAUCCAGCAGACAUUAUCUACGGCUCGACUGAGAUUAUGGGAAUCAAGAAGAAGAAUCAUUGGGUUUUCGACAUCCAUGAUCUUCGAUUCCGUGAGGAAGCCUCGGGUGCCGUCUGGCUCCUGGGUGCCGAGCUUUUCGUUGACGGUGUGAGUGUUCACAAGCUUGAAUUUCCUGGAAUCGCGGUUGAACCUAGCCCAAGUCGCCUUUCUACCCCCGAGAUAUUUAAUCUAGAGCUGGACGAGGCACCGACGCCCGAAGGCAAGAAGAAGAUGACAAGGGCCAACAACAAGUCCCGACACUUCGACAUCGAUGAUUUUUGCACAGGUAUCUGA